AUGCAGGCAGAGAUCGUCAAGCGUCUCAGUGCCAUCUGUGCUCAGAUCAUCCCUUUCCUCUCUCAGGAGCACCAACAACAGGUGGUCCAAGCAGUGGAGAGGGCCAAACAGGUCACCAUGGCAGAACUAAAUGCCAUUAUUGGGCAGCAGCAGCUCCAGCACCUGUCUCACCACGCCCCCGGCAUUCCCCUGACGCCACACCCAUCAGGCUUGUCCCUGGGUGCAGGGAGCUCAGGACUUUUGGCAUUGACUGGAGCCCUAGGGGUGUCCGCUCACCUUGCUUCUAAAGAUGAGCGAAAUCAUCUUGAUCAAGAACAUCUCAGAGAGGGGGCCCCAAGUAGGAGUAAGUCGGUCUCAUCAACAGACAGCCAGCCCACUGAGGAGCACCAAGGACCAUCAGGAGGAUAUUCAGCCUUGCAGGGUGGAGCUGAAGCCAAGAGGAGACGCUGUGAUGACAAAGAUCCUAUCCCUCCACACUCCUAUGACAGUGAUGGAGACAAAAGUGAGGACAAUCUUGUGGUGGACGUCUCCAAUGAGGAGCCUAACUCUCCCACCGGCAGUCCGCCUCAUUCCCCUCAUGGGAACGGGCUGGACCGGGCCCCGACCCUGAGGAAAGAGCUGCCUGGUUCCUCGAGCACAGGUGAGGCACCUUCCACGCCAAACCCACGCAGCCCUACCCCAGGGAAGGCCAAGGACCCUGCCCAGAUGGAUAAAUCCCAGUCUCCACUGUCUAAGUCUGGCACCCCGUCCCCAUCCCACCGUGAGGCCCUUACCCCAGGAUCAACAGGAGCCCCUGGAGCUCCAGGCCCCAGCACCUCCUGCCUUCGCCUUGUCAGCAAAGCAGCAACAAGUGCUGACCCAUUAGCUCUCCGCAGUCCCAUGUCUGUGCCCCCUGGUUCAUACCCGGCUCAUUUUGGCGUGGUGUCCCACGCAGGGCUGAACGGGGAGCUGGCCAGCCCCGGGGGAUUUGGAGGAGCUCUGACGCUCUCUCCGCAGAUCAGCGCCGCUGCCGGUGCCUACUCCCGUAGCCCCAUGGUGGCAUUUGACUCUCGGUCUCACUUAAGAACACAGGGGCUGUCCUCCUCCCUUCCUGGCUCCUCUGGUGGCAAACCAGCCUACUCCUUUCAUGUCAGCGCAGACGGCCAGAUGCAGCCGGUGCCGUUCCCCCCUGACGCCCUCCUGGGCCCGGGGAUCCCACGUCAUGCCCGUCAGAUCCACACACUGAGCCACGGAGAGGUAGUGUGCGCCGUCACAAUCAGCACCUCCACUCGUCACGUCUACACAGGAGGAAAGGGCUGCGUCAAGGUGUGGGACAUCAGCCAGCAGGGAAGCAAGAGCCCCAUGGCCCAGCUGGACUGUUUGAACAGGGAUAACUACAUCCGUUCCUGUAAAAUCCUCCCCGAUGGUCGAACCCUGAUCGUUGGAGGCGAGGCCAGCACUCUGUCCAUCUGGGAUUUGGCCACACCGACUCCACGCAUCAAGGCGGAGCUGACGUCGUCUGCUCCAGCCUGCUACGCCCUGGCCAUUUCACCGGACAAUAAGGUCUGCUUCUCCUGCUGCAGCGACGGCAACAUUGUCGUCUGGGACCUGCACAACCAGACCCUGGUCAGGCAGUUCCAGGGCCACACAGACGGAGCAAGCUGCAUCGACAUCUCCAAUGAUGGCACCAAGCUCUGGACGGGAGGGCUGGACAACACGGUCCGCUGCUGGGACCUCAGAGAGGGCCGGCAGCUGCAGCAGCAUGACUUCACCUCACAGAUCUUUUCUCUGGGCUACUGCCCCACAGGCGAGUGGCUGGCUGUAGGGAUGGAGAGCAGCAACGUGGAAGUCCUGCAUGUCUCCAAACCCGACAAGUACCAGCUGCACCUCCAUGAGAGCUGCGUCCUCUCCCUCAAGUUUGCAUACUGUGGAAAGUGGUUCGUCAGCACAGGCAAAGACAAUCUGUUGAAUGCAUGGAGGACACCAUAUGGAGCAAGCAUUUUCCAGUCCAAGGAGUCGUCAUCUGUGCUGAGCUGCGACGUCUCCCCAGACGACAAAUACAUAGUGACGGGCUCUGGGGACAAGAAGGCCACUGUGUACGAAGUUGUGUAUUAAUGAAUAGGAGGACAGAGGAGAAAAAACAGGUUGGGAGGGGAUCUUUUUUAUUAUUUUGAGUGGGAGGUUAUGCAUCCACCCCACCCCAUCCCGUAUAUUAUCAACACCACCAUCCGCCUUUAUCUUCUUGAAUCAUCACUAUGCCCCCUUGUUUUGCUGUAAUAUAAGAUGCUAUAGUUGUUCCCAGAUGUCUCCACACCCUCCCCUUCCUCCACGAGGUUUAAGCUCAUUGAAAGAGGCGUGAUAGCUGAGAGUGAGGCAGAAUGAGAAAGAGCAAGAUAAGAAAGACAAAGGGAAAAGGGUGGUGGAGUGUAAAGAUAAAGUUGUGAGGAGAAAGGGGGGAGAAAUGAGUAGAGGGAGCGAUAGUGCGGAAGGAAGAGAAAUUAAAUGGGGGGAGGGGGUAAUUAAGGCUGUUUCCUGAUUAAGAGCUCAGUGGAAGGGAGGCCCCCGGAGGAGGUGCGGAGCGGCACUGUGGGAGUGCCAGCCAGGAGCACUGAUACCACACAAUCGAUUCAUUAGCCAGACAGUGGAGGCCUUAAUGAGGCUGACGCUGAGGCUCUGUCUCCAAAGCGAGAGGUGUCAGGAGCCAGGGAGCAAUGACGACGCGAGAUGCUGCGGAUUUCCACAUAAACUGACAUGAAAACCUGCUCGACGCACAGAGCCGAGAGUACAAACACUCAGUUACAUCCCCCCUGCCGCUUGAGGUAAACUUAUGACGGGGAGGAAAAACACACAACACACCAAGCUCCCAAUUAAACAUUCAUCCCAACGCCUUGCUUCAUCUUUCUGCUUAAUAUCUAUUUUAUUUUGGUCUGACAAAGGCAGCAGCCUAAUGAGCAGGGGAGUCGAUGGGAUUCUCCCAGGGCCCGGAGACAUAAACACAACAUCAGCCGAUCCGUAGCCUCUAAUUCCUCCGGAUUGUACUCCUGACAUCCAGCGCCAUGCUUACUCUCAUUAAAAGGCACUGUCAGCUAGAUGAAGUAGCAGCAAACCAAGCUCACUGUGAGGCACACUAGAGGGCGAAUUAACACCAUGCAUUUACACCAUCAUCAGCAGCUAACUAAGCAGUGACUAAUCAGAUUCUGUUUAAAUUUAAAGCAACUAGUCACUGUUUUCAUUUCCACGCAAUUCCUCAUCUCUAUUUCUACCUUGUUAUAUAACCAAUUAUUAUUUUUUAACUAGACUAAACACCUUAAGGACAUUCAGAAGUUUAAAUGCCUGCACCACUCUGUCUGUAAGCUGUGUGGAAAUUGGCUAAGUCCACAAAAUGAAAGACUCUUUUAUCUGAGUGCAGCACACUGUGUCCAACAAGUGCUGCUAAGAUCACCAAUUAGAAUGCUGUAUCUUGUUUGUAUGAUCCUUGGAAAUGCCAGAGUGUGAAAAUAAAUUACCACUCUUACAUGGUUUGGAACGGUUGCCUUGACAACCUGUGGCAUUGCAGGAAGUUUGUGGUUGUGUCCGAAAAACAGCUCGGCUCAAAAUUAACCUCUUUUUCUGUUUUAAAUAAGCCCUCAAUGUGCUUUUUGUUGAAUUUUAAAAAAAUAGAUCCUGUAUCUUAGACUGAAGGGGAGACGGGUCGUUUAUGGAUUUAGAUUUUUUAAAUUGAAUC